AUGCCACGUAAGCUACGUAAGAAUAUACGUAAGAGGAAGAGAGCAUUGAAACAUCCAAUAGUAAAACUGACACCACAACAACAGUUGCAACAACAAAUGCUGAAUGACCCCACUAUGUUGCAACAAAUGUCAAGCAAUCCUAUGCUUUUAAACCGAGUUGUUGGUGCACAGAGUGGAGGUUUAAGAGCGGCACUUUUAGCGAAAAUGGCAGGCUAUGGUGGAGCUGCAGACGGAACAGCCUAUAACCCUCAAAGUCAAAUGAAUUUGAGUUCACUCAAAAAUCAAAUAACAGAUGUCAAAAAGUCAAACAUAGACAUACAGAAGCAAAUAAGUGAAAACGAAAAGAAACUAGAAUAUGACAGACACACAAAGAAACUCAAUGAGUUAAACGUAGAGAAAAAGAAGAAAGAAGAACAACUGAAAGAACUAAGUACAGAGGAAUAUGCGAAAAAAGUGUCAGAAAAAGCAGCAGAAGUAGCAAAAAUGGAACAAGAUGUUGUAAAUUUGAAAAACCAUACUACUCAAUAUAAAGUACUGAAAGAUGAAGAGAUAAAACAAAAAGCCCUGAAGACAUAUAUGGAUAGCGAUGAGUAUAAAAAAGAAGUUGAAGCAAAUGUAAAGGCAGAAAAACUUUUACAGUUGCAAAACCAAACCGUACAGUAUGAAAACUUAGCACAAGAAAGUAAAAAUAACGACGCAGCCAUGCAAAAGGCAAUGAAAAGCGCAGAAUAUAUAAAAGCUAAUAAUGACUGGUUAGAUGCCCAAGCCAACGCUAAAGCAGCCCAACUUAUAGGGUCAAUAAGGACAAAAAUACAAGCGGAUGAAGACAGUUCAAAUGAAGCUUUAACAAAUGCUGACUUUAAGAACGCCUUCGAAGCUCUUCAUAGUAAGGUGAAACAA